ACGUAAUUAAAGUACACACAGAAAAUAAAAGUAUGACAGAAAAAUCAGAAUUAGAAGCACAAAAGGUGUUAAAAGCACCACCGAAAAUUUAUUACAUACCCGAGUAUGUUACAAAAGAGGAAGAGGAAUCACUUAUGAAAAAUGUCUAUUCAGCACCAAAACCUAAAUGGACCCAGCUGUCAAACAGACGUCUUCAGAACUGGGGUGGAUUACCACACCCCAAAGGGAUGGUAUCUGAAGGCUUGCCACCGUGGCUGAAAGUUUACACGGAGAGGAUAGCAGUGACAGGCGCUGGACUUUUUGAAGAUAAAAGUUUAAAUCAUGUCUUAGUGAACGAAUAUAAGGCUGGACAAGGUAUAAUGCCCCAUGAGGACGGCUCAUUGUUUUUUCCGACGGUAUCCACCAUCAGUCUUGGGUCACAUACGCUGCUGGAUUUCUAUUAUCACAUCAAGCAGGACCAGGACUCCACACAGAACAACAGUACAUCUCUGGAUGAACGUCAUUUUGUGUCUAUUUUGCUGGAACCUCGAAGUCUCGUAUUUGUAGCAGAGGACAUGUACAAACUACAUCUUCACGGAAUUGCAGAGCGGACCUCGGAUGUAAUCACAGACAAAGUGGCUAACCUUGACAUGUGUAAAUCGGUCAGUGUUGGAGACAAACUGACCAGGUCAGCUCGUGUCUCACUCACCAUUAGACAUGUACCAAAAACACUAAAGGCCAAAUUGUUCCUGGGAAAGAGAUGACCGGCUCUCAUCAUUAAACAUUUGAUUACUGUUGUAUUAUUUAUUAAAUAAUGUUUGUACAGUGUGGCAGGUUGUUGAUGUAUGUUAUACAUUAAAAUAAAACUAUCAAAAAUGUCCGGGUC